AUGAUACUCGAUUUAGAGCCGCAUAACGCGGUUAAUUAUGUGCUUGUAGCUAAUAUGUACGCUUCAGGGGCAAAAUGGGAAUAUGUGGCCGAGGCUAGACGUGCGAUGAAAACGGCGAAAGUUCGAAAAGAAGCCGGGUGUAGUUGGGUUUCGAUGAGAGAUGGGAUUCAUGUUUUCGUGUCGGGAGAUAAAUCGCACGUUAAUGUGGGUAAAAUAUACGAGAAGCUCGGUGAAUUGUACGGUAAAAUGAAGGCUAUGGGGUAUAUGCCUCAGGUGAAAUAUGCUCUGUAUGAUGUUGAGAUGGAGAAUAAGGAAGAAGUUCUGAGUUACCACAGUGAAAAACUUGCGGUUGCAUUUGUGCUCACGCGCGAAUGCGAAUCGAAACUGCCGAUUAGGAUUAUGAAAAACCUUCGGGUCUGUGGGGACUGUCACUUGGCGUUCAAGUAUAUAUCGGAAAUCGUCGGCAGGCGUAUCGUGCUGCGUGACUCGAACAGGUUUCACCAUUUCGACGGAGGUGGCGGCGGCGGCGGCGGCGGCUCCCACGACCAGGUCCUCCUCACCCUCCUCCAGCAGCGGAAAACCAACGAGGCCUGGCAAUUUUACACACAAUGCCCCCACCUCCCGAGCGCCGCCUGCCUCAGCCGACUGGUCGCCCAGCUCUCCUACCUCAACACAGCGGAGGGCCUCACCCGUGCUCAGUCCAUCAUCCAACGCCUCCGCCUCGAGCGGCAGCUCCACCGUCUCGACGCCAACUCGCUCGGCCUCCUGGCGGUCGCCGCCGCCAAGGGCGGCCACACCCUCUACGCCGUCUCCAUAGUCAAAUCCAUGCUCAAGUCGGGCUACCUUCCCCAUGUCAAGGCGUGGAGUGCCGUGGUGAGCCGGCUUGCCGCCUCCGGCGACGACGGCCCAACCGAAGCCCUUAAGCUCUUUAAUUCCGUCACGAAAAGGGUCCGCAGGCUUCAAGAUUCCGAGGUCGAUGAAAAUUCGAGACCCGACACAGGUGCUUACAACGCCGUCCUCAAUGCCUGUGCUAAUUUGGGCGAUGUCAAGACUUUCCACCAACUGUUCGAUGAAAUGCCUCAGUUCAAAUGCGAGCCGAAUAUCUUAACGUAUAACAUCAUGAUCAAAUUGUUUGCUCGGGUCGAGAGGAAGGACCUGCUCGUUUAUGUUCUCGAAAGAAUAAUCCAAAAGGAGAUACCAAUUUGCUUAACGACUUUACAUUCUCUUGUUGCGGCUUAUGUCGGAUUUGGCGAUUUGGAGACUGCCGAAAAGCUUGUUCAGGCAAUGAGAGAAAGAAGAUUAGACCUUUGCAGGGUUUUGAGGGAUUCUUGCCUCAAUGACACAUACUCUGAUAACUCUGAGGAGGAUGAUGAUGAUGAUGAUGAUGAUGAUGAGGAGGAGGAGGAGGAGGAGGAGGAGGAGGAAGAGGAUGAAGUAAUGAGGCACGAAAAUGACUUAUUCGUAAAAUUACUACCAAAUUACUCGAUCGAUCAUGAUUAUGACCCACCGCCCAAUUUGCCUAACCCGGUUACACCCGACACGAGAAUCUACACGACUUUAAUGAAAGGCUAUAUGAAAGCCGGUCGAGUGGCCGAUACGGUUAGAAUGCUCGAGGCAAUGAGGCACCAAGAGGACACUCUUUCCCAUCCGGACCACGUCACUUACACAACUGUAAUAUCCGCCUUUGUAAAAUCCGGUUCGAUGGAAAAAGCUCGGCAAGUGCUAAAAGAAAUGGCUAAAAUCAAUAUCCCGGCGAACCUCGUAACUUACAACAUUCUCCUCAAAGGCUAUUGCCAUCAGCAUCAGAUUGACAAAGCCGAGAGUCUCGUUCGGGAGAUGGUCGAGUCGGGAAUUGAGCCCGACGUGAUUUCUUACAACACGUUGAUCGAUGGAUGUAUACUCAUCGACGAUAGCUCGGGCGCACUAACGUACUUCAACGAGAUGCGAAAGCGGGGGAUCGCUCCCUCGAAGGUGAGCUACACGACAUUGAUGAAAGCCUUCGCUUCGUCCGGCCAGCCGAGGCUGGCCGGACGUGUCUUCGACGAGAUGUUGCAGGACCCGCGCGUGAAAGUUGAUUUAGUCGCAUGGAAUGUGUUGGUCGAGGGGUAUUGUAAGCUCGGUUUGGUUGAGGAGGCGAAAGGGGUUAUUAAAAAAAUGAAGGAAAAUGGGUUUUUUCCGAACGUGGCCACAUACGGGAGUCUAGCGAACGGGAUAGCUAUAGCGAGAAAACCGGGGGAGGCUCUUUUGCUAUGGAAAGAGGUGAAAGAGAGAUGUGAGCCCGGGCCCGUGAAUGAAAAGAUCCCGGCUUUGAAACCAGAUGAGGGGCUUUUGGAUGCUUUGGCGGAUAUAUGCGUAAGGGCAGCUUUUUUUAGGAAGGCUUUGGAGAUUGUGGCGUGCAUGGAAGAGAACGGUAUAUCUCCGAAUAAGACUAAGUAUAAGAGGAUUUAUGUUGAGAUGCAUUCGAGGAUGUUUACUAGUAAGCACGCUUCGCAGGCAAGGAAAGAUAGGAGGAAGGAGAGAAAAAGGGCUGCCGAGGCUUUCAAGUUCUGGUUAGGGCUGCCGAACGAGUAUUAUGAGAGCGAGUGGCGACUCGACCAGGCACGGAGAUGA